AUGCAAAACAACAAGUACUCAGGUUGAUAGAUCACUAUCAAAAUGAAUCAUUUGAAUCAUUUACUGCAACACCAGCAAAAUCUUCUACUAAUAAUUCUAAAAAAACGCAGGAAUAUUUUCAUGGACUUAGAAAUCAAGCAUAUACGCAGCCAAGUUUUUUACAAAACAAGUCUCCAACUCAACAAAAUCAUACAGAAUUAGAAAUAUACCUUGCAGAACCGAUUGAUAAAGAGAAUGAUGAUCCAGUUUUAUACUGGAAAACUA